AUGGUGCGCACUAUGUUUACUGACAGGGAGGGUCGUGUUAUACUUAACGAGGGCACUUCUAAUGCGGAGUCUAAUGCUGAAGGUCGUCGUAUUAGGCCAACUGCUUCUGCAAGGGCACAACGACGACGAGUACAUCGGCAACAGGAAGAAGCCCAACCUGAACCCCAACCUGAACCCCAACCUGAACCCCAAACAGCUGAUAUAGAUGAACCUCCACAGGAUGUUGGAUAUCCUGGUGGUCCGGUUGAUAGUUCUGUCCUUAGGACAUUUGGCGAUCAUGUUGCGACUCGACUCUGGGAUGGCGAGGAUCGGGGAGAAUUAAGGGUGUUCAGCAAUGGGAAAAAAUUAAAAGAAGCUGUUAUUGAAGACGAAGAGGUUGAGCAACUGGUUAAAAGCUCGGGAUUGUAUUCGUUACUAAAAUGCAGCUAUGAAAUGAUCGACAAAGGGAUCAUUUCUGCAUUCGUAGAGAGGUGGCAUCGUGACACCAGUAGCUUUCAUCUCCCUAUUGGUGAAAUGACGAUUACUUUGGACGACGUGUCAUCUCUGUUGCAUAUUCCCAUUACCGGUGCAUUCUUCAGUGUUAAUGUAUUUAACAAGGAUGAAGGUGCAAAUAUAUUGGCAGAGCUUCUUGGAUGCCCAUGUAAAAUUAUCAACACGCUCAGACUGUAG